AUGGACGUAUCGGAAGAGAUGGAGGAGGUGAGGGAACUGCUUUACGAGAUGAUAAAGAAGAACUUCCCUAUGGGAGUGUCUUCCUCUCACCUUGCCCAAAAGUAUCAUGAGGAGUAUGUCUCGAAGGGGCUCGGUCGUGAACUUCCUGAGGAUUGGCUCGUCCAGGUUGCUGAAGCAGAAGAAUUCGAAGCACAGACAAGAGGGCCGCUUACAAUACUUUUUGUACGGCUCUCAAAUACUACUUCAUACAAGCGUGCCCCGAUUCCAAAUACAGAUGUCAAAGUCAUGACUUCUGGAAGCAUGACAGCGGAAGCUGAACGUGUGAAGCUGAGGAAGGACCGCCAUCCACUACAACAUGCAGAAACACUGUCUACUUGCUCGACUUCCCUUCAACCAAAAUGCGACGUCAUUGUUGUCGCUUUUGAAUCGUCUAGAGAGCUGUACAUCCGUGCCGUAGCAGACGAUCCUGUGUUCGAUUCCAUGAAAACCGACAUGCGCAAGUUUUACGCGGAGAACUCGAGCGACAGACGAGUGCAGAUUUAUGAGCUCCCACGCUCUGGUACAAUCAAGUGCUUCUUCUGUGAUGUGGGCGUAUACGGCGUGUAUCCAGUAGUGGAUCUCCGUCUUCUUCCAGAUCCUGGUCACCCUAUAAUGUGUCGUGGUGCUCUUGCCAAGCGAGUAAAUCUUGCUCUACCUGAUUACGCAAUAGGCCAAGCAUCGGAUGAUAUCCUGCGCUCUGUUCUCUUUGAGAAGGAUGCUAUGGGAAACUUUAUUCCGGUUCGGGUGCAGUUAACUUCCUUAACGGAAACGGAGUUGGACGGCGAGAUUGUUUCAAUUGCUGACCUUUGGAUGACUGAUGGAAGGGCGGUUGUCGAAAUAGUGAUGACGAAUAUUCCAGAUGGAAAGGAAGGCAACAACGGUGUAAAUAACGAUGCCACAUCUUCCACAAGAAAUGCUCCUGCUGCUGUCAGCCUACCACCCACGGUUUGCGUGUUCGACGGUGAUGUGGAGAUAGAUCCUAUGCCUGAUUAUAUGUACGGCAAAUUGUCUGAAGAGUCUCAGAUGGCCGACGCUGAAUUACAAGAUCCACCACGCCCAGGCGCAUUUUAUGCUGCACGUAUCGAUGACCGAUGGGAACGAGUACAAUGCGUCCGGGCCAGCAAAAUAGACAAAUCGGCUUUCUGUGUAUAUCUGAUUGAUGUUGGGGCCUUUCAUUACGUGAGAGCGGAUGCGUUAAGAAGGCUCAACGCAAAAACGCCAUUCCGAAAGAUGCUGAUGUUCAAAUGCAAGGUCGCCAAUAUAGUGCCGGUUGGUGGUCAAGACAUUUGGAAUCGUGAGUCACAUGAAGCUGUGCGAGAAUUCUUCGAAGCUAGUUUAGGGGAAACUGUUAUGGUAACCCCAAUACCAAAUGGAUGUGGCGUUUGGAAACAACUGAACGCUCCAGCAGUUCCGUUUGUGACAGCGAAUAUUUCAUGCUGCGGUAGAGAUUUGGCGGACUGGCUCAUCUCCCAUCGUCUUGCCAUCCCAGGAUCAAAC